AUGUUUGGGUGUGCAAACCGAGGGCAGCCAAAUCAGACAACUCCCGUCGCUGAGUUUUCCCAGGCUCGUCUGCUUUCCUCCAUGGACGAUCUCUCUGACCCCCCUCCCCAGUCUUAUCUCCCCCCUCCCGCCCUCCGCCACCACCAUUCCGCCCUCCUCGCGCCCCCCACUGACCACCCCCAUCGCUCAGACCAGAGACCCUCCUCUCGUCGCGCCCUCACCAGGGCCCUCGAACUCGCCCGCGAGGCUGUCCAGCUAGACUCUACCAAUGACAAUCCAGAGGCCGCAGUCGCUGCCUAUGCUCGCAGCGUCGCCCUCCUCAGCGAGGUCAUGGAGCGCGUCAGAAACGGCGAGGACAGCACUUCAGACUCUCACAGGAGGCGUAGACGUCGCAGCGUCGCAGCUCAGGAGGAAGAGGUCCGUCGUCUCCAGAACAUCCAUGAUACCUAUGCAGACCGCAUGAAUAUUCUGAGCAUCAUCUACAGCAUACCUCCCGUGCCAUAUCCAUCAUAUUCUGCCGCUCUCGCUUCUGACGCGCCCUCGACUUCCCCUACCUCUACUUCUCCUUCUUCCGACAACUCUCCUCAGAUACCACACCAGGUAUAUACCCAGUACAAUCCAGAUUCUGUCCCCAGUUUUUCAACUCCUCAGUACAAUGAUACAAGAGACAGCGUCUACAGGCUAGAUGAAGAGGUUCUUGAGAGGUCCGCCAUCUCUGGUCUUCCCAACACAUCACAUCCAUACGCUCUUCAGUACGAUGUUCCUCCUCUGCCCCAGCCCCAGCCUCAGCUCCAACCCCAGCCGAUACAGCCUGUCCCUUCAUUUCGCAAUUCUGUCAUAGCUAGUCGCAAAUCUAGACCCCCUAAUUCCCUGCCCCCAAAGCCUCCUCCGCCAAGUGCAUCUCUACCGCCACCCCCGGUCCAAACAGAGCUUGCCUAUGACCCUCCCCCAUUAAACCAUCAGCGGCCGGGGUUACAGCCACGCCUUGCUGCUGCUGCUGCUGUAGAAUCAACUUCUCAUCGGCGUACCCCUUCCGCUUCUAAUCUAAGACCGUUGGAGGAAGAAAACCAGGUUUCCGAACGUCAACUUUCCCGGCCUCGCGAAGACACGCUCGACUCACAAAAACCUGUCCCUGAUGCUCUGCGAGCCAACAGACGAGAAUCCCCUCCGCUGCCUCCUUUGCCCUCGCCCCCUCUUGUGCCAGAAACCAAUGGAAUUUCCCGAAGUGUGCCCAUUUCGAAACCACCUCCUUCACCAAGGCUACCAUCAGAUAAUAGACCUAGGGCUAUGUCCCAAGUGCCAUCGCGCACUGAAAUCAGUGUUCCAAAUAUUCACUCGAUUAAUCAGGGUACCUUGUAUGGGCGGAGAAAAACGUCUGCGCCUCCAAGCUCGCGUUCCUCAUCUCCUGCAGAGUCCACAACAUCGAAUGGAUCCGUACCGCAGCCGAGAUCAACUGGUCGGAGGAGUCGCUCAUCUUCACAGCCUGGUCAUAGACCCUCAACAACAGGCGGAAGAGCCUCUCCUGACCCACCACCUCCUCUUCCAGAAAUCACGCCGGGAAACGGUACUCCUAGGAAGAGAUCAACGGCUUCAAAACCACAAGAACCAGUCUCCUUUGUAUAUCCAGCGUCAACUUUCGGAAACCUCCCCACAACACCUACAUCACCGCUACCUCCAGCACCGCCCUCUGACCCCCUUCUCAAGCCUUAUCAUAUGAUGAACCUUCUAAGAAAUACUAUGGUUGCUUCGACAGGCGGUUAUGUGACGCGUCGAUUACAUGUCCCACACGAAGUUUGGUCUCAGGGCGGUGCAAAACUGUCCAAUUUGGACGAAAAGAUUCGAGUAGUCACAAUCUUAUGCUCAGCUUUAGAAGAUCUUGAAGGCAAUAGUGCAGAACAUUUUGGUGCUGGCAACGUUAGCAGUGGCAUGGCUCUUGGCAUCGGAAGCAUAGGCAGACGCGAAGCAGACGCCUGGCUGUCCAAACUCGAUGAAUUUUCAAACGUCUGCGAUCACGUAGUGACUAAUUUUGGCAAAAAACUAGGUGUAGGAGAAGGCUUCGUCUCGAGGAAGCCAACAUGGGGUGGUAAACUUUUCAGCCGAUUGGAUAAAUUCACCAACAAUGGAAAGAAUCUCGACUCUCCAGCAGCGUAUGUCCAAGGUCUUAAGAAGCUAUUUUUGCUUUCGCAGCUGUUGGAUGAACACACGCGCGCCAUCCUAUCACAACCCAUCGCACCAGCCUAUGGUGCCUUUCCGUUGGAUCUUCGAGGUUCCGCAGAGCAGAAGCUGAAACGGUUCUCCGAGUUCUUUGCCAGCGUCGUCCUCACCUUUGUCAUCCGAGAUCUGUCGCAGUUGCUCGACAAGUACGUCAAGAAAUGCGAAAAGUGGCUAGCAGAGUAG